AGAGAGAGAUGCUCGAAAACGAGGUCGUGUGACGUCAUAAGCGGCAGUGUCAGUGCUGGCAGCCCGGGGCCCGACACUCUACAUCGCUGCACCGGUAAGCUACAGCACCCCAACCUUCCAGAUCAUCGCCAGAUCCGGGGAUCCCCCUCCCCAACAUCCGUACACCCACACACACCGAUCUGCCCCCUCCAGCAUCUUCCUGCAACCCCUCCUCUUCCUUCCUUCCUGGAUAGCUAACGGUUUUGAGGAAUUCCUACUACUGACCCCAAGAUGGCUUCUUCUUCCUCUUCUAAUCUAGAAGACGAAAGUUUAAAAGGCUGUGAGGUCUAUGUACAAAAGUACAACAUUCAGCAGAUCCUGAAAGAAUGUAUUGUGAACUUGUGUAUCGCCAAACCAGAUCGCCCCAUGAAGUUCCUGAGGGAGCACUUUGAGAAAUUGGAGAAGGAAGAAUGCAAACAGAUAUUGGCUCAGCAGAAGUCAAACUCCCAGUCAGACUCUCAUGAUGAUGACAUCUCCCCUCCACCUCCAAAUCCGGUGGUUAAGGCCAGACGCAGGAGAGGAGGAGUCAGUGCAGAAGUAUACACUGAAGAAGAUGCCGUGUCUUAUGUUAGGAAGGUUAUUCCAAAGGACUACAAGACGAUGACUGCCCUGGCAAAAGCCAUCUCCAAAAAUGUGCUCUUUGCACACCUCGAUGACAACGAGAGAAGUGAUAUAUUUGACGCCAUGUUCCCUGUCAAUCACAUCGCUGGUGAGACUGUCAUACUGCAAGGUGAUGAAGGUGACAACUUUUAUGUCAUUGAUCAAGGAGAAGCUGAUGUCUAUGUGAAUGGAGAGUGGGUCACCAGCAUUGGAGAAGGUGGCAGCUUUGGGGAGCUUGCACUGAUCUACGGCACGCCUAGAGCUGCCACAGUCAAGGCCAAAACAGAUCUUAAGCUAUGGGGCAUCGAUCGGGACAGCUAUAGACGUAUACUUAUGGGCUCCACAUUGAGGAAGAGGAAGAUGUAUGAAGAGUUCUUGAGCAAGGUCUCCAUCUUGGAAUCACUGGACAAAUGGGAACGCCUGACGGUGGCAGAUGCUUUAGAACCUGUCCAAUUUGAGGAUGGAGAAAAAAUUGUUGUUCAGGGAGAUCCUGGUGAUGAUUUCUUCAUCAUUACAGAGGGCACUGCAUCUGUUCUGCAGCGCAGAUCUGACAAUGAAGAAUAUGUGGAAGUGGGCCGACUGGGACCCUCAGACUACUUUGGUGAGAUAGCCUUGUUGUUGAACCGGCCCAGGGCAGCCACUGUAAUCGCACGGGGCCCACUGAAGUGUGUGAAACUGGACCGCCCGCGCUUCGAACGAGUCCUUGGACCAUGCUCAGAAAUCUUAAAGAGGAACAUUCAGAGAUACAACAGCUUCAUCAGCCUGACCGUUUAAUCUAUUCCACUAGGAGAAUACCAUCCAUGUGUUAACGUGUGCACUCUUAAGUCUGACUUGUGCAGUUACAUAGCUUUAUAAGAAAAUGAAAUUGUGCAUUUCAAUGUGAAUUUUUUAUGGUCAUGUCUGCUGCAUCAGACUUCAACUUUAAGUUAGUUUAUAUUAUGAUACAAAAACAUGGCACUUUGAUGGGGGUGUGUAUUGUCCCCAAAGAUUUAUGUGUGACUUAUGGAUCAUCACAUUCAUAAUUUUACCAAAAUUGUU